ACACCGUAUUUAUACUCUUUGCUUCCUUCCAACCUCCUCCUCAAACACACUUCUCGACCUUCCACUCAUCAAACACAAUCAUAAUGUCUGCACAUCUGCGUCAAGUCUUUAGUGAUUGCAAAGACCAAAAGCGUCCUGCUUUUGUAGCAUUCAUCACUGCUGGAUAUCCACACCCUAGUGAAACGGUUGAUAUCAUGCUCGCAAUGGAGAGAGGUGGUGUAGAUAUCAUUGAGCUUGGUGUUCCAUUCACCGAUCCGCUCGCUGAUGGCCCCACUAUUCAGGAGUCUAGUCAGGUUGCUUUGGGACAUAAAGUCGAUAUCCCAAUGUGUUUGAACAUGGUCAGGGAAGCAAGAGCCAAAGGCUUGAAGACCCCUAUUGUCUUCAUGGGAUAUUACAAUCCUAUUCGUUGCUAUGGUGAAGAGAGGAUUGUACGGGACUGCAAAGAUGUUGGUGUUAAUGGUUUCAUUGUUGUCGAAUUACCUCCUGAGGAGAGUGCUAUCUUCCGUGGCUAUUGUAAACAAUACGGUUUGUCAUAUGUACCUCUGGUUGCUCCUUCCACAUCCGACACACGUAUUGGCCAUCUGGUCCAGGUAGCAGACAGCUUCAUCUACGUUCUCUCCAAGCUCGGAGUCACUGGUGCCUCUGCCACUGUUAAUUCCGAACUCCCAAACCUUGUCUCGCGCAUUCGCCGUCACACCAAUAUGCCAUUGGCUGUCGGAUUUGGUGUUUCUAACCGAGAGCAGUUCCAUACUGUUGGAACCUAUGCCGAUGGCGUUGUUAUUGGAAGUAAAAUCGUCACAGUUCUCCGCGACUCAGCUCCGGGAACUGGUGCAGAUGCUGUAUAUAACUAUGUUAAGGAUGUGUGUGAUCGCACUGGUGCACCUGAUCGACAAAUUGUCCAUGAAGAAUCUCAUCUUCCACUCAAUUAUACUCACUCUCACUUGUUAGACCCUCGCUUUGGAGAAUUUGGUGGGCAGUAUGUCCCUGAAGCCCUGGUUGAUUGUUUAAGUGAGUUAGAGGCCGCAUAUGUUGAGGCCAAGAAAGAUCCAUCUUUCUGGGAGGAAUUCAGGUCUUACUAUCCAUACAUAGGUAGACGCUCAAACCUGACGCUCGCUGAUCGAUUAACUGAGAAGAUUGGAGGCGCAAGAAUCUGGUUGAAGCGUGAGGAUUUGAACCAUACUGGAUCACACAAGAUCAACAAUACUAUUGGGCAGAUCUUGUUGGCUAAGAGACUGGGAAAGAAGAGAAUCAUUGCAGAGACUGGUGCUGGUCAGCAUGGUGUCGCCACCGCAACUGUAUGCGCCAAGUUUGGUUUGGAGUGUGUCGUAUAUAUGGGUGCUGAUGAUUGUCGACGCCAAGCCCUGAACGUCUUCAGAAUGCGCAUCUUGGGCGCCACAGUCAUUCCUGUCUCUUCUGGUGCAAAGACCCUCAAAGAUGCCAUCAACGAGGCAAUGAGAGACUGGGUCUCCAACGUCACCAGCACACACUACUUGGUCGGCUCUGCCAUCGGACCCCAUCCUUUCCCUACCAUUGUGCGUGAUUUCCAAUCUGUUAUUGGUACUGAAGCAAGAGAGCAAAUGCUGGAACAGGCUGGUCGCUUACCUGAUGCUGUCGUUGCUUGUGUUGGAGGGGGCAGCAACGCUAUUGGUCUUUUCUACCCCUUUAUUGAGGACAAGACUGUUCAGAUGAUUGGUGCUGAAGCUGGUGGGUCUGGCACUCAUACUGAAGAACAUUCUGCUACUUUGGCUGCUGGAACCGUUGGUGUCUUCCACGGAACUAGAACCUACUUGCUUCAAGACGAUACUACCGGUCAGAUCAAGGAAACACACUCGAUCUCUGCAGGUCUGGACUACCCUGGUGUCGGACCUGAACACGCUUGGUUGAAGGACACUGGCCGAGCCAAGUACAUCCCUGUGGACGAUAGCCAAUGUUUGAUCGGAUUCCGCUAUCUCUGCCAGACAGAAGGAAUUAUCCCUGCACUUGAGUCAUCCCAUGCACUCUAUGCUGCCAUUGAGACUGCUAAGGAGCUGGGCCCCGGCAAGGAUGUCCUUGUUACUGUGUCGGGACGUGGCGAUAAGGAUGUCGAGUCUGUUGCCAAAGCUCUUCCAAAGCUAGGACCCAUCAUUGGAUGGAACCUUGAACUUCCAAAGAUCUCUGAUAAUUAUUAAAAUUUUGGUAUUGUGGCGCAGCUAUGCACGUGACAAUACGAUUAGAACGCGUAGUUUGUUGUGGCACGAUCAUUAAGUCUUGGGAAUAAUUUUAAUUGUCGCGUCGAUGAGCUCUUUAGCAAAUAUGUGUAAUCAAAUAUGAUCAAAAAG